CCUUCUCUCUCCAGAGGCGUCGGGGUCCCCGCCGCCUAGGUUGCCGGGGGCGAUGGGGUCGCUGCUGGCUCUCUGCCUUCUCCUGGGCUGGCUGCGCUGGAGCCCGGCGGGCGCCCAGCAGUCGGGAGAGUACUGCCACGGCUGGGUGGACGUGCAGGGCAACUACCACGAGGGCUUCCAGUGCCCGGAGGACUUCGACACGCUGGACGCCACCAUCUGCUGUGGCUCCUGUGCGCUGCGCUACUGCUGCGCCGCGGCGGACGCCAGGCUGGAGCAGGGCGGCUGCACCAAUGACCGCGGCGAACUGGAGCACCCGGGCAUCACCGCGCAGCCUGUCUACGUUCCUUUCCUGAUCGUCGGCUCCAUAUUCAUCGCGUUCAUCAUCCUGGGCUCUUUAGUGGCUAUUUAUUGCUGCACCUGCUUAAGACCCAAGGAGCCCUCACAGCAGCCAAUCCGCUUCUCACUCCGAAGUUAUCAGACAGAGACCCUGCCCAUGAUCUUGACCUCCACGAACCUCAGGGCACCUUCCAGGCAGUCCAGCACGGCCACCAGCUCCAGCUCCACUGGGGGCUCCAUCCGCAGGUUCUCCUUUGCCAGGGCAGAGCCAGGCUGCCUGGUGCCCUCGCCACCCCCGCCUUACACCACUGGCCACCCAAUCCAUCUGACCCAGCCAUCGGGUUUCCUGGUAUCACCCCAGUAUUUUGCUUACCCUCUCCAGCAGGAACCCCCACUACCUGGGAAGAGCUGUCCAGACUUCAGUUCCAGUUGACAGGCCACAGCAAUGAUCCAUGUAGUAUAAUGGCAGAUGGGUGGAGCUCUGCUGCCAUUGUCUCAAGUAUUUCUAAGGAAAUUUCCCUUGAAUCUAGUGACAUGGAGGAAAGUUAUGGGAAUAUACAGAACUUUACAGUUAUAAUACUGUCUGAUCAAUACCUCUGAUCACAGAAUGGCCAUGUUGUAUAAUUUCGUUCUGGCUUGAGGAUAUGAUGGCCAUCACAUUUCAAUUUAUGCUGCUUUUAUUCAAAAUAUGCAGCAGUUUGACUUUAAAAUUGCAGAUCGACUGAAGGUAUUCAUUGGACAACUCCAUCAUACCUUAGAAAAGGGCUACCUGUUCUUUUUUCGUUAUAAGUUGUUUAGCGAAUUAUAUUACAAGUAUAUACAUAAGUAAGCAAAGAAAAAUAUCUGAUGGCAAUCAGAAAAGGUUCACUUAAAAACUUAACUACUAAGUAAGCUAAGAGGACAACUUAUUUAUGAUUU